AUGCUCGAAGCCUUUGAAAUUCUAACCACCUCCGGUGUGGUCCUGUGGUCCAAGUCCUACGCUCCCGUGGGGUCCCAUGUAAUUAACAGCCUGAUCAACGAUGUUUUUAUUGAGGAGAAGGUUGCCCCUCAAAGCACCUCAGCUGCAGGUGUUUCUCCGACAUUCAAAAAGGAAAAAUAUACGCUUAAAUGGAAGCGAGUCAAGGAGUUCAAUUUGAUCUUUGUCGCCGUCUACCAGUCACUACUUCACCUCGGAUGGAUUGAUAAACUCCUGGAAAAUAUCUCGACCAUUUUCAUCGAUGUCUACAAAGACCAGCUCAAGGGCAACCGCGCCAGAAUCACCACCUACCGAUUCGAGCCUUACUUCGAACAGCAAGUGCGGGAGCUCGAGGACAAUACUGCCGGUGCCGCAGAGGCCUAUACCGUUGAGACAGGCGAAAAGAAAGAUCCGCUUGUGUCAUCGGACAAUGGAGGGCCGCCACCGCCGCCAGUUCCUGGCCUUAUGAAAGCGCAGCAACAAGCUGCGCUUGCUGGGGCUGCCUCUGAUGAAGGCACGCCACCGGCAACUCCUGAUAUUUCUAGAUCUUCGACUCCACUCGCCAACCACAUCAUCACUGGAAAAGCUGGACCCGGCGGCCGAGGUUCUCGCCGUUCGCGCAAGGCUGCGAAUACUACCCCCAAUGCCUCGUCUGGCGAUGAGGUCUCGCGUAAAGCAAAGCCUGUGAAGGGCUCUGUUAAAAAGAUGCGUAAAUGGGAUGCCAGCGGAUUCGCUGAUGAAGACGAUGGUGAAAUUUUGGACUACUCUGCUCCGGCCGAUGGUACGGAGGCUCCCGCUCCCGCUGUAGAGGCUGUUGCGCCGGAGGAUUGGGGUCGCAAAACCGGCAAGGGCGAGUUCAUCCUCAAAGACUUGGGUGAUGAGGUCCAUAACAUUCUGGACAAUGCCGAUGCUGAGAAGAGCAAGGGCGCUGCGGCAUCUGGCUUCCUUGGUACUGGUUUCAACGCCGUUGGGGGUUUGUUCCGCAACAUUGUCGGUGGCAAGGUUCUUACAAAGGCCGAUCUCGAGAAGCCGCUCAAGGCGAUGGAAGACCAUCUUUUGAAGAAGAACGUGGCCCGUGAAGCUGCUGUUCGUCUCUGUGAAGGCGUGGAGCGCGAAUUGGUCGACAAGAAGACCGCAAACUUCCAGAGCGUUGAUGCCGCUUUGCGCAUCGCCAUGGAAGCGUCUCUGCGCAAUAUUCUGACUCCUACAUCUUCCUUGGACUUGCUGCGCGAGAUUAAUGCCGUGACCGCCCCAACCACUAAACAGCAAGCCCCUAGGCCCUAUGUCAUGUCCAUCGUUGGUGUCAACGGCGUUGGCAAAUCGACCAACUUGAGCAAGCUUUGCUUUUUCCUCCUGCAAAACAACUACCGCGUCCUCAUUGCUGCCUGUGACACCUUCCGUUCAGGUGCAGUGGAGCAACUUCGCGUCCACGCCCGCAACUUGAACGAGCUCAGUUCCCGCGAGAACGUCGGUCAAGUUGAGCUCUACGAGAAGGGUUACGGCAAGGAUGCUGCCAAUGUCGCCAAGGACGCAGUUGACUAUGCUGCUAGCCAGAAGUUCGACGUGGUCUUGAUUGAUACCGCCGGUCGACGCCACAACGAUCAGCGCCUCAUGUCUUCGCUGGAGAAAUUCGCGAAGUUCGCUAACCCGGACAAGAUUUUCAUGGUUGGUGAAGCUUUGGUUGGAACGGACAGUGUUAUGCAGGCUCGCAACUUCAACCAGGCCUUUGGAACUGGUCGGAACUUGGAUGGAUUUAUUAUUAGCAAGUGUGACACUGUCGGCGAUAUGGUUGGUACCUUGGUGAGCAUGGUUCAUGCCACUGGUAUUCCCAUUGUCUUUUUGGGCGUGGGACAGCACUAUGGCGAUUUGCGUGGACUGAGUGUCCCUUGGGCUGUUGACCUGUUGAUGAAAUGA